ACUUCGUCAGUGUGACGUCACCGAACGGCCCCGAUGGUUACCUCACCUAUUCCGGUAGCCUAACGCAGCCGCCCUGCACCGAGGGCGUCACCUGUUCAGCGGAAUCGGCCUUCUGAUGGAGCGGGACAAGGAGACUAAGUACUUUUGGACCGGGACCGGACGCAGUAGGAAUCAAAGGGAAAGUUGGUCGCUAACCAGGGCAAUAACCAGACUUCACCCCUGGUUAGUGGGCAAGUAACCAUGCCAACAAGGCUGGUUAUGCCCUGGACCUGGUUGUUGGACAUGUAACCAGGCCGUAAACAGCUGUUAACCAGCCCCGUUUAUCGGGCGAAAGCCCCUGUGUCGAUAGCUGACGUAGUGCGAUUCAGGAUUCCAACGGUGUCCCCGGUCCUGAUCCAAGAAGUACUGACUCUCCCUGUCCCCGCUCGAAUAGCUUACGUCAGCGUGUGAUAUCUAGCACGCGCGCUGACUUUUCUGGUGUCCGCACUAAGCAAUGAGCGGCGUUCGUGCAUGAAAGGCCAGGUUCAUCACGACCAAGCCCCGGUACGCUUCCCAGGCCCAGAUCAUCCUUCUUAUGAGCGCCACAGCUGGUGUGUCCGGGGCAGCCCGGACGAACAACCGGCCAACUCAGCCUCUGUACAGCAGAACCAUCUUCAGGAUCGGCCUGACAUAGAGUGCGAGUUCGAAACGCGAAUCCUCCCGUCCCAUUGGCCACGGGUCAUUAGAGGUAUAGCCCCUAUGGGAUACUGGUUGAUUGCAGUCCGGAAGACUUAUUCUCGUCCAGACCGUCAUCCGGGCAACUUGGCAAGGUUUCCAAACGCAUAUGAAUCGUUCUAGAGAGAUUAUAACGAGUUUUUUGACGAGAACAAAACCCAAACUGAUAAUCGAGCUCUUUUCAAGUCAGAGAAAACCCAAUCUACUUUCUCUUAAAUGCUGUGAUGCCAU